GGUUGCUAAGCCAAUCGGCAGGAAGCGCCGGGAGCUGUAUGGGUCUCCGCGUGUCCCACAGGGCGCAGUGUCUCUGUCCGGCAGCGAGUGAGCGAGAUGUCGUCCCCGCAGGCCCCGAAGGAUGGGCAGGGCGGCGGCGGCGGCGAUCCUCCCGGAGACCUCCGUAGCGUCCUGGUCACCAGCGUGCUUAACCUCGAGCCGCUGGACGAGGAUCUCUUCAGAGGAAGACAUUACUGGGUACCUACCAGCCAGCGGUUGUUUGGGGGUCAGAUCGUGGGCCAGGCCCUGGUGGCUGCUGCCAAGUCUGUGAGUGAAGAUGUCCACGUGCACUCCCUGCACUGCUACUUUGUUCGGGCAGGGGAUCCAAAGGUGCCAGUGCUGUACCAGGUGGAGCAGACACGAACAGGGGUGAGCUUCUCGGUGCGCUCUGUGAAGGCCAUGCAACAUGGCAAACCCAUCUUCAUCUGCCAGGCCUCCUUCCAGCAGGUCCAGCCCAGUCCCAUGCAGCACCAGUUCUCCAUGCCCACCGUGCCCCCACCGGAAGAGCUGCUUGACUAUGAGGACUUCAUUGACCAGUGUUUAAGGAACCCUAACCUCCAAGAGAAGUACCGAGUGGGGAUGAACCGAAUUGCUGCCCAGGAGGUUCCCAUUGAGAUCAAGCUGGUAAACCCACCCACCCUAAGCCAGAUGCAGAGAAUGGAGCCCAAACAGAUGUUCUGGGUGCGAGCCCGGGGCUAUAUUGGGGAGGGCGACAUCAAGAUGCACUGCUGUGUGGCUGCCUAUAUCUCGGACUAUGCCUUCCUGGGCACAGCACUGCUACCUCACCAGUGGCAACAUAAGGUGCGCUUCAUGGUGUCGCUAGAUCACUCCAUGUGGUUCCACGCCCCCUUCCGAGCUGACCACUGGAUGCUUUAUGAGUGUGAGAGCCCCUGGGCUGGUAGCUCUCGGGGGCUGGUCCAUGGGCGGCUGUGGCGUCAGGACGGGGUCUUGGCUGUGUCCUGUGCCCAGGAGGGCGUGAUCCGAGUGAAGCCCCGGGUCUCAGAGAGCAAGCUGUAGCCAGAGGUACCAGCUUGGCCUGAGGCUUUAAAAACUUCCCUUCUACCACAUUCCUGAGGCAGGAGUAAAAGUCAAGGGCUGGCCUUCUGCCCCUCAGAUCCAAUAAAGAGACUGAUACCACUGGGA